AUGGCCUUUCCAGUGGGCCUAGCCACUACGUCCCUGCGCGUGGCUCCACAUGGAAAAUGCCCCGACCUCAGUGACUUUGUUUCCGUGUGUCUGGUGAUGGAGUCGAAAGAUGACUCCUUUCGCCCCCUCCAAACAUUCAUCCAGACAGAUGGCAACAACUGCGCUGAGUCGAUCACCAAUUGCGAGAUCAAUGAGGGUCACGGAGAAUCCACUGCCACCAUCCCACCUGCCUCCCUCAUCCCUGCCCGUUUUCGAUGCAGCAUCCUUGAUGAAUUUGGUAGGGUAGCUUACAGCAAUGGCCUAGAUAUACUUAAGUCCCCGGGUGGAUUACCCUAUGGUUUAUGCCCCUCAAAUGUUCCUGGGCACUUGUUUUUAGAAACCGAACGGUACCAUUUAGUCGGACCGAAAAUGGGCCUCGGAUUUUGUCGUUUCGUCGAGCGAUCGCGACUCUACCCUCAUUUGAAGAAGCCGGAUAGCGAGAUCUCAUCCCAAAAGGGUUACCCAUCUCACAAUUUAAUACCCAUUUCCACCACGUCGUCGACCAAUGACAAUGAACCUAUCGACAGUCGCCUUAUUGGGCCUGGUGAUCGCUUGAGCCUAUUUGUGGAGGUAAGCUUAGCUCUCAGCUAUCCUUCUUCCACUGAUCGAAUAUUCUGGAUCGAAGAGGAGAUCUACGCCUCGCCCGAAGCCAUUUCUCCUGGCGUUAAUUCUGUGGACGACUAUGAUGGUUCUCGGUUAAAUUUUUCGGAGUUACUAUCCUCAAUGGAACUAAAAAGUGACCUUGAACGCCUGCUUCAAUCGGGCCGCCUGGCCGACAUCAAGGUUGUGGUCGUCAAUGCAAUAACACAGAAAAGCUGGGAUAGAACCGCAAUUGUAGAUAUUCAUGGGUUGUUCCCGGAGCCCGUAGCUUGUCGGUGCAGUGAUUGCGAGACGAUGACAGAGUUGUUUCCUGCGGUUCCUGCCCACAAGGCGAUCCUGGCGGCCUCCUCUCCAAAGCUCCUCAAAAUAUUCUUUUCCAAAAGUGACUCUCUUCACAAAAAUAUCGAUGUGCUCGUUUUCCGCGGGACUGGUCUUUCUGCGGACAUCGCUCCCGUCUUCCUUCGUUGUGUGUAUGUUCGCCGACUGGACAAGCGAGUAACACAUCUGCAACUCGUGUCACUCCUCCGAUUGGCUUCAACGCUUGAAAUGCCUGAUCUCUGGAAGAUCGUUGAGCAGAGGUUGAUGGGAAUUCUGACGCCAGCAAACGUGUGUCCGCUUCUGGCCACAGCUUCGGAUCUGAAUGCUCCACUUCUGGUUGACGCCUGCUUGUCUUACAUUUUCUGGUGCACCCCAACAAGUAAUUGCAUUCUUUCUGACGAGGUCUCAGCUGUCCAGAUCACGUAUCAUCAGGUAAUGAUUACGCCCAUUUUGAAACUCACUAACAAUAUGGAUUCGGUGAUGAAGUCAGACGGUUACCAAUGCAUCUGCAUGAAGCGCCCAGACUUGCUAUGUCUUCUCUUCCGUCGGAUAACUUUAAUCAGAAGUAUUAAUUUGAACUCUCCGUCCCCACCUCCUCCUCUCGCCACUUUGGCUCUUGACCAAAUUCUGGGUCUCCGUCCAAGUCAGUCCAACUUCGGUUCCUGGGACGCCUAUGAGUCAGAGAAUAAUGUCUACCCAUUUGAUUCACCAGCGAUGGAUCCUGCCGGCCGGACUCCUGCACCGCCACUCCGAACAACUAGCACAGCUUCUAGCAGCGGUGCUUCGAGUGUUGGUGUCAGCGGAAUGGGUUGUGAUGGUGGUGGACUAGUAAACCUUUUCUCGAAACCCCUACCUCCAACACCUGGUAGUGAGCGACGUGAUAGACGAAGCAAAAGGAACAAGCACAGUGGAAGCUUAGGACCUCCGCCUCCCUCACUGAAUAUUUCCUUUCCCAUGAAAGUGCACCAUGAAGUCCAUGUUACUGUCGACCCAAUUAGUGGCGAAUUCACGGGUAUGCCGGCAGAAUGGGCUGCAAUGCUUCGACGAGCUGGUAUCUCCGUGCGUGAACAGCAGCAACAUAUGGAGUUGCUUUGUAAUGCACUAGAAAUUUGUACAAUUGAAAAAUCAACUGGAACUGUCAAAUAUAUGAACGACCUUUCCAACCAUACUAGUGAGUUGUUUAGCACCAGAAUUCCUUCUCACUUUAUUUCUGCGUUCAUGUUUCCAGACGAAAUACCCCAUGCCUCCACUCUUCCCCGACGAACUACGUCCGCUUCAGCUGUGCCUCCCGUCUCCUCUGCCUACAUGACAGACAACCGCCUUUGUUUUCCACCACCACCCCCAUCCACCGUCCUCUUGCAGCCCCCUUCCCCUCAUGCCACCCGCCGGAAGUUUCCCACUCCCCCUUUGGAUGUCGACCACUGUCAGAGUCCACCGACCCUCGCUCGCCUCCGCCAGGCCGGUACAAGUUCAACUUCGCCUUCCGGCUCGUCCACGCCUACCCCAAGACGCGGGAUACCUCCCAACCAGCGACCCCCACCUGUGGCCUCCCGGCCUGAACAGACGAAGUCAAUCUACACCAUUCCCAUUGAUGCUGUGGAGACUCCAAAGUCCCAGCUGCAUCAAUGUCAGCUUCACAAGACUUGCACGCAAAAGCCGGCUCGAUCUUCUGACUGCCAUCCUUCCCAUAAACCCGAGGUCAGGGACAAGGGGAACCGCUGUCGUCAUUCCCCGCUCCCCCACAAGGUCGCCACAGCUCCUGCUGACCUCACGAAGUCCUCCACGUCGACCAAAACCCACAUUAAUAAGCACCACCACCACAAUCACGACGGGGACCAUAAAGCGAUUUUGGCUAAGAUGAAGUCCAAAAUGACCGACGAUGAGGUCUAUGCCAAUCUUAGGCUGCUGGUCAGUGAAGGCAGCCCCAACGACAAAUAUCGCAAGCUGGAGAAAAUUGGUCAGGGUGCGACGGGUAUUGUAAGCCUGGGUGUGGAAAUUGCGACAGGUCAUCGAGUGGCGAUCAAGCAGAUGAAUCUGAAGCUGCAACCCAAGAAGGAGCUCAUUGUGAACGAGAUCUUCGUGAUGAAAGGCAACAAACACCUUAACGUGGUCAAUUACUUGGACUCUUACUUGGUUGAGGCGGACGAGCUGUGGGUCGUCAUGGAGUACCUCGAUGGUGGGUCUCUCACCGAGGUCGUCACUGAGACCUUAAUGGACGAAGGACAAAUCUCAACAGUCUGUCGAGAGGCCCUCUACCUGAUUGCCACAAACGGGAAGCCGGAGAUCAAGGACGCGGAGAAGCUGAGCUCCGACUUUCGCGACUUCCUCGACUGCUGCCUCGAGGUGGACGUUGAGAAACGCUCCACUGCUCACGACCUUCUCAAGGUAAGGAAACCUGUCUUUCUUCUUUGCUGA